AUGUCUGAUCUCCAGGUUAAUACUAAAUUACCAUUACGCCGUAAUCGGCCUGGUAGUAAAGCAAAAGAUUGGUGCCAUUGGCCCGAAGAAACUUCAGAAAAUAUGGAUUCACUUUAUCAUAUUCAACAAUAUAUUCAACAAUCGAUUCGACGUGAUUCAUCUGACAUUGAUUUUAUUCUUAAAGCACCUGACCAACAAGAUGAAGGCGUAUGGAAAUAUGAACAUUUAAGACAAUUUUGUCUUGAAUUGAAUGAUUUAACUGUUCUUUUACAAAAAGAAUGUUUACCUGAAACUUGUUCACAAAUGACAGCAACUGAACAAUGGAUAUUUUUAUGCGCUGCACAUAAAAAUCCAAAAGAAUGUCCAGCUAUUGAUUAUACACGGCAUACACUCGAUGGUGCUGCUUCAUUAUUAAAUAGCAAUAAAUAUUUUCCAAGCCGAAUCUCAAUUAAAGAAACAUCAAUUGCAAAAUUAGGUAGUGUAUGUCGCCGUAUCUAUCGAAUAUUUUCUCAUGCAUAUUAUCAUCAUCGUCCAAUCUACGAUGAAUUCGAAGGACGUACACAUCUAUGCCGGCGAUUUACUGUUUUUGCAUUACGUUAUGGGCUCAUUCCAAAAGAUAAUUUAAUUGUACCAAUUCAUGGUGUUAAUCAAGAUAUAACAACAAUAAUGCAACAACAAACAUCGCCAGUUAAAACACAUUCUAAUCAAUCAUUAAAAAAUGGCGAUAGUCCGCCUUCACCUACUGUUACUGCAACACAAGCCGAAAGCGAUGCUUAA